UUUCUUUCUUUUUUCUUUUCUUUUCUUUACUUUAUUAUGUAUUAUCCAUCAUUACAAAACACGCCUGAAGAUGAAUUCAUAGACGAACGGUGGGACGUCAACUUGGGCCCUACAGAGCCUUCCAAACAUCAAAGAUUAGAAGCCUUGCUUCAAAAUUUUAGUAUAAGGCAGUCCCUUGAUCAUGCUCUUAAAGAGACUAUAUCACCCCCUUCUUCUAAAGACAAGCAUGCUGAUAUUCAUACCGGUUACUUUAAAGAAGAUAUGUUCUUUGACCAAGAGAGUUCAGAACCUGACUCGCCCGCAACGAAGUUAGAACAAACAAUAGUCACCCCUAUUUCUUCAACAUCAAUACCAGCCAUUGAAGAAGCAACGCCUGACGAAAGUGUUUAUAUACCAUUGCAGCAAGAACCAAGUAGCCGCAAACCACCUGUCACAUUGGAAAUGUAUCACUCAGAUCUUGUGCAACACUACAUCAGAAUCAUUGUCGAGAAGGCACAAACAAUGCAUCUCGAUCAUUUACCAGAAAACUAUCGGUUGUAUAUUCAGGCACUAAAAGACAUGCCUAUUUGAUGAUACCCUCACCCCCUUUUCUGUUAAAUAUUGUACAUAUAGUCAUUUCAAAGAAAGUAAAAUCAUAGUUUUUUGAAAUUUAGUGUAGUGCAAAUAAAGCCUUUGUGUUCCAUCAUGAACAUUGUUUAUAACUUU